AGAGCCCCCAGAAGACCAGAGGGACUCAGCCUGAGGGCUGCCAUGGAGCAGGCGGCAUCAGCAGGCAGAUUCGUGCAGGUCACUGUGAUAGAAGGCUAUGACUUGAAAGGCUUUAAAGGGGAUUCACCAGUUACCUUCAUUCGUUCAGAAUUCAAUAAUGUACUUCUGGGAGACUCUGCAAAAAUUACUCUUUCUCCAGAAGGAAAUGCGAAAUAUAACUUUACUAGCACUUUUGAGUUCAACCCUGAGGGAGGAAUCACUUUAGAUGACAUCGCCCACAAACCUGUGUUCUUAAGUUUGAUUGAAGUUUUACCAAAGGAAAAGAAGCAGAAAGAAGAGAAGACUUUACUUCUUGGACAAGCUGUUGUGGAUCUUCUUCCUUUACUGGAAGGAGAUAAUUCAUAUGAAAUGACGGUUCCUUUGCACCCUGUCCCGGGCUCACCUUUAGAACCUGUUAGAUCAGGUAUUAAGUCGUGCAGUCUUGAAGUCAAAGUGUUUGUGGCCGAGCCCUUGCUGACCGCGGCGCAGAUCUCGGGGGGCAAUCUUCUGAAGGUCACGCUGGAGGCCGCCUACGCGGUGCCCGAGUCCUUUCUUCCCACCGGACCUCUGCAGAACUACAUGGGCGGUCUGCAGGUUCCAUCGGCCGGAGAGAAAGAUUAUCCCAUUUUAUUCAAGAAUGGAACACUGAAGCAAGGAGGUGAAAAAGAACCUGUUCCCCGGCCCAAAAAGUGGCCAAUUGCCAACAUUCUGGCCCCGGGAGCUAAUUACAUCCCCGAUGCCUUCAUUGUUGGUGGUCGGUAUGAGGAAGAAGAAGGAGAACUCAACCGCCCUGAGGAUGGGGAGUUUAGGAACCAGGCAGAGUGCACAAAGAAAAGGAUUGUCUGGGACUUGGAGAGUCGCUGCUACCUUGAUCCUUCUGCAGUGGUCAGUUUUCAGAAGCGAAUUGCUGAUUGUCGAUUAUGGCCCGUAGAAAUCACAAGAAUUCCUGUGGUUGUUGUCCCCAAAGGGAAAGCUGCCAAGUUUGAGAAGUCUGAAGAGGAAAGUCAACUUUCAUUUCAUGGUGUAGCUUAUGUUAAUAUGGUUCCGUUGCUGUAUCCAGGCGUGAAGAGGAUCCGGGGUGCUUUUCGUGUUUACCCUUACCUAGACAGUACAGUCUAUGAGAAGACUAAGUGUGUAUCAAGCUUGUUUCGGGAUGCUGCUCAUUAUUUGAUUCAGAAUAAUAAAGCCGGAGGUGUUAAUUCUCCAGUGGUUAAACCAACUGUUGCAAAGAUCCCAAAAGAAGAUAAGUCAGUCAAAGAAAGGGAUGUGGAAGGAAAGCUGAGGCUCGUGGAUGGGGCACCUAGUAUAAAAUCUCAGAGCUCAGACACUCCUUUGGAAGUUGAAACCUCUCUGUCCCACAAUCCAGAAGGACAGCAAUAUGUAGAAGCGGGGACAUACAUUGUGCUAGAGAUUCAGCUGGACAAAGCGUUGGUUCCAAAGCGGUUGCCGGAGGAGCUGGCCGCAAGGGUGAGGGAGAUGAUUCCUCCAAGGCCACAUCUUACCCGUCGAGCAGGAGGCGCUCAGAAGGCAAUAAGUGACUAUCACACACAGAUCAAGAGCAUUUCUAGAGCCGUUCUGGAUGCGUACCAUGCUAUGUUUGGGAAAGAAGCAGCCAGGCAGGGGCGUGCCAUAGAUAGCGAAACCCUGGAGGAGCAGAAGUGUCAGCUCAACUAUGAACUGAACUUUUCUGGAAAAUAUUUUGCUUUCAAGGAACAACUCAAGCAUGCGGUGGUAAAGGUGGUGAGAGAGAAGUACUUGAGGACGACGUCCUUUGAAAGCCAGGAGGAACUGCAGACUUUCAUCAGUGAACUCUAUGUGUUCUUGGUGGACCAGAUGCACGUGGCCUUAAACCAGGCCAUGCUAGAUGAUAUCCAAGGUUCUGUUCCGACUAUUGAACCAAGCAUUGAUCAGCUUCGACUCUUUGCAUUUGAAGCAGAAGUCAGCGAGAACUAUGAAGCAGCAAGAUUGUAUUAUGAAGAGAGGUUGGUUCGUGAGACACAGAACCUGGAACACUGGCUAGAUUAUGGUGCCUUUUGUCUCCUAGUUGAGGACAACAUCAAAGCACAGGAGUGUUUUCGGAAAGCUCUUUCCCUCAACCAGAGUCAUAUCCAAAGCUUGUUGCUCUGUGGUGUCUUAGCUGUCCUGCUGGAGAACUUUGAGCAGGCGGAAAUUUUCUUUGAGGAUGCUACUUGCUUAGAACCAACUAAUGUUGUAGCUUGGACUUUACUUGGUUUGUUCUAUGAAAUUCAAAACAAUGAUAUUCGCAUGGAAAUGGCGUUUCACGAGGCAUCCAAGCAACUUCAGUCCCGUUUGCACCAGGGGCGGGUGACAAAGCAGAAGAGCAUUGUUAAUGUUGACAACGAAGAUGUGGGGAACUUAGAGCUGAAUUUCGGGCAGGGGGUAGUGGCUGCCAAUACGUCUUCUAUGGUAACACUCAAGGUGGAAGGCCCACCAGGACCUGCAGCUCAAGUACCCGUUCUGGAUGAAUUUGUUGAAGAAUCUUUCAAAGUACAGUCUGAGUCACAAGAACCUGUUUUACUUACACAAUAUCUGGAUCCAUCAUCUGCUCGAAAAUUGUCUAACAACAAUGUCAAAGAGGUGGUAGGAAAAAAAGAAGCACCAAAAAGUCAAGAUUCGAGUUUGCUACGUACCUGCCCUUAUGGAGUUUCCCAAACUACCACCAUUUUCAUGGAGACCAUUCGCUUCUUGAUGAAGGUCAAUGCUGUGCAGUAUGUACACAGAGUGCUUGCACAUGAGCUGUUAUGCCCACAAGGAGGCCCCAGCUGUGAAUAUUACUUGGUGCUGGCCCAGACACAUCUUCUCAAAAAGGACUUUGCCAAAGCAGAGGAAUACCUUCAACAAGCAGCUCAGAUGGAUUAUCUGAACCCUAACGUCUGGGGUGUAAAGGGCCAUCUCCAUUUUCUGCGUGGAAAUCAUGCUGAGGCCAAGGCAUGCUAUGAACGAACCGUUAGUUUUGUAGUAGAUGCUUCUGACAUGCACUUCAUCUUUCUACGAUUGGGGCACAUCUAUCUGGAGGAGAAAGAGUAUGAAAAGGCAAAGAGAACCUACAUGCAGGUCUGUAAGAGGUCACCAUCAUGCCUUACCUGGCUAGGUCUGGGGAUUGCCUGUUACCGGCUGGGGGAACUCACUGAAGCUGAGGAUGCUCUCUCUGAAGCCAAUGCCUUGAACAACCACAAUGCUGAAGUAUGGGCAUACCUGGCUCUGGUCUGCCUGAAAGCUAAUCGGCAGCUGGAAGCUGAGCAGGCCUAUAAGUACACACUGAAGUUGAAACUGAAGGACGAGGCUCUGUUGGCAGAGAUCCGCAUGGUACAGGAAACCGUGGGCUUUGGAAAUCCUUCCUUUUGACUUCAGUCCAGCUGAAGAAAUUACUCCCCGGAGAUCUUGAGAUCCUUCCCUUUCCCGAAAAAUUAAACCCUGUAAGUUAUAUCCUAGUGAGAUAGGGAAACGGGACACACCAGGCAGAAAGAGGUAAAAUAGGAACCUCCAAAGCCAACAGUACUUACUACCCUACUUUAUCACCUGAGAACACCUGACUACCAGUGUGCCACCGCCACCUCCGGACACCUGCAGGGGAAGGUCAGAUCCAAAAAAACAAAGGCAGGAGAGUAAACAAAAACCAACUAAACUACAAAUAGCCCAUUAGAUUCUAGUGGGGUGUCAUGGGGGUGGUGGGUGGGGGAAUAGAAUAAUUUCACCUUGGAGCUUCUGUUCUCCUGA